CCACCCAUCGAUGAGAGGUUGUUGUUUAUGUCUUCGCGCGCUUCUCUCCACUAUAAAUAUGACGUGAGUCACCACUAUCUUUCUCUCGUAUCCUGCAUCCCUCGAGGAAGACUGCGUCUGAACGACUCUUGUGUAGCCCAUCUAUAUUUUAACCAGCCUACACCAAAAUAGCCUACGCAGCGAUGUCUUCCACCUCCAAGAAGCAUCAGGCAUUCUGCUCCGAGCCGAUGAAGGGCAAGCCCGUUACUGCUGUUCCUGGGAUAGGACGCGUGAGUGGCGGCCAGUUGCAGUCCCAAGGCUACCACAAGGCCACCGAUGUCCUCGGCAAGUACCUGACCGUGAACGAGAACCGUAACGACUUCCAGGGAUGGCUGAAAGAUGAUGGUGGAGCCAACUCCAAGCAGCAGGGAGACGCCUACAAGGCCAUGCGGGAAUGGAGCGACAACAACUUGUAGAAGUGUGCCCGUCAACAGGCCGCUUUCUCGUUGCCCCUUAACAGAUUAAUGUGUUCUAAUAGCCCUCAUUUUGCUGAUUUAGUUGAUGCAUGUGGCUAAAGUUCAAAUGUUUUUCUUUUAAAUAGGCUACAUGUGUGGGAUGUUACUUCAUAUGGCAAAAAAGUCCAAGCGCAACCUGUGUUUAUGGUUCUUAGCUUAGCUUUUGGAAUAUCUAUGUGAAGUCAUCAAUCGGGGUAAAUAAAAUGCAAAAAGAAACUUUCAGUUGUCUUAUAAUAAAUCGAAUUAACACAUCGCA